AUGGCUGGCUAUCCGGAUUCGCCACGUACUCCACUUGACGUUUGUUGCGCACCAUCCGGGGACAUACGCACGCUCAACGUGCUCCGGGGCUUGUCAACGCGCGUCGAGCUGCCCCGCAAGAGCGCCCCGCGGCCCGUCGGUGUCGGGCGCAGGAGCCUCAGCGGGGGGCAUCGACAUCGACAUCAGGACGGAGGGAGAAACGGCCCGGGAGGGCGUGCACCCCGGGCCAGAAAGGGGUGUCGUCUGCCUCGGCGGACACCACACCGAGCUGGCCACCCUCUGGUUCUAGUCCGUGCGAGCGCGCCGGGAGAGAUGGCGCCGGUGCGGACACAGCCGCUGCGGCCACAGGCGGGAGAAGGAGAAGGAGGAGAGCCCGCAGAUCAGGGACCAGGGAUCAGGGCGGUGCGGCGCAGACAUGGAGAGGGGGCAUCGAGGGCACGGGCAUCGUUGGCACCUGCGCCGAGGCGGAGUGCGUGGCUCCGUAGCCAUGCCGUCGCCGCCACUGGCUGGAGCGCCGCGGGCGCGAGCGGCCUGCUGUGGGCGGGCACCCAGGCUCUGCCGCUAGACUCCGAAUAUGGGGCAUGGGGUGAACACGUCGUGAUCAAGGGGCGGGUGCAUGGCGUCGGCGCGGCGACGGAUGCCUGGGCCCGCUAG